AAACACACUCAUAUUCGAUGAUUUUAGAAAACGCGGCGAGAUCACUGAAUCCGAAAAUCUCUACACACUACUAGCGUUUGUCAUUAUGAAUAGAACGCGCAAAAUGUAACUAUAAAAUAUGUGAAGCAAUUGUAAGCCCAAAUAGAUCAGUCAUCAUUUUAUUCAAACUCAGUAGAGAAAUAUCGAAGCAUCUUAUUUGUAUCUACAUUAACCAAUUCUUCAUAAUGACGGCAUUAAUGAGAAAAAGCAGAGAAGACAACGGUGACGUGGAAGCACAAGCAAUGGCUAACUGCUUAAUGCUUUUAUCAUCCAUAGAUCGAGAUCGUCGUGAUUCAUUUGAAUGCAAAACCUGCAAAAGACGGUUCUCAUCUUUCCAAGCGCUUGGCGGCCAUCGAACGAGUCAUAAAUCGAUGAAAUCAACGAUCGACAUCGGAAAGUUUCUUCACGGAAAAUUAUCCAAAAAACGCAAGGUACAUGAAUGUUUAAUUUGUGGAAUGGAGUUUUCUAUGGGGCAGGCUUUAGGUGGACAUAUGAGGCGUCACCGUGCCCCUGUAAAUGAAAUUAAAGAUUCGUCGUCGGUGAGAAGGAUACCAGUUUUGAAGAAAUCGAAUAGUAGCAAGAGGAUAUUUUGCGUGGAUCUUAAUUUAACUCCUGAUGAGAAUGAUGAUUUUCAGUUUUGGCCUACGGCACCUGCACCUGUUUUGCGCUGCGUUAUCUGAUUAAUUCCCUCACACACCUCCAUUGUUAUCCUCUUAGGACUAGCUAGAGCUAGAAGAUGUCUUUCAUUUUAAUUUCUUGUGUGUAUAUAUCACAAAUUCUGUUAUCUAUUUACCUUAAAUGAUCAGAUUUAUUUAUUGAGUA